UUUUGAGGGGAUUUUGGGUGAUAAAUGAGUUAGAUUUAGGAGCAAUAAGAGGCAUUCUGCAGUGGUUAUUCCUGAGAAUAGGAAUGAGUUAGCUAAGGUUUUGUCUCCAGAGUUGCAGAAAUAUAAUGAAGUUCUUGAUAAUAUAUACUUAAAAGAGUUGAAAGAAAGGAAUAUAGAGGAAGCUACUAUCCAAAAUGAGUUUAAUGUAAAGAUCCCAAAAGACCCAUUUGAAGCAUCUAUGUAUGAAAUGCUGUAUUCUAAAUACAAGUUAAACCCUUCUUAUGGUGAUGAAAAUAGGUCUUCCUUUAUAACAGAAAUAUUAGGAAACCCCAAAGUCAAUUUAGAAGCCAAAAAGGGAUCUAAGCAAAAGAAGCGGAUGACUUUUCUUAAAGAUCCUAAUUUUGUAAGAAAGAAUAGAAUCCUUCAGAUGUGUAACGAUAAUAAAGCUUUUUAUACUUUUAAAUAAGUUGAAUGACUUAACUGGGACAAACAACAAAUAAGGAAACUCAGAGAGAGAUUAAAGAGAAACAAACCGUUGAAGAAGUUAUCAAACUGAUUAAGAAGAAGAUGAAGAACUCCAAAGAAAGAAGUCUAGAGAAAGAAAAAUCAGAUUUGAAGCCACCAACUCCUGCCCAUGAAGAUUAUGAUGAGUAUUCUUUUGUACCAGAUUCGGUACCAAUGAAGAAAAAGAGGAAGGAUUUCUGGGGGAAUCUAUCGAAUAUUAGACCAAGUUUCAAGCCUCAGCCCCAUAAGACAUCCACUACAGUAAAGGAGAAGGAAGGGAAAUAAAGUAAGGUUCUUACCAACCCAAAAUGAAGAUCUAAAUUUUUGAAGGAGGAUGCAUAAUCGUAGCGCAAGUAUAAGUUAUAAUUUGAGAAAUACCUUACAUCAGAAAUAUCAGGAUUCAAUUUCAAAACCAUUGAGUUGGAGAAGAGAAAAGAAGAACUUGGCUAUAAAUACAGAUAGUAAGAAUCUCCCCUCUUUUCCUUCAAAAUCUAAGACAUCUACUCCGCUGACUGCUCAGAAUUGGUUGACUGGCUAUAAUAUUUAUCAGAAAGCUAAAUCCCAUAAUCUGACUUAUCUUCUAAAGAAGAGUAAAGGUUCAUCAAGGCGGAAAUAGAGCUGAUAACAGCUACAGAGCUUCUAGUUGUAUUGAGAAAGACAGAAUACAGCGUAUUAAAUUUAAAAAGCUAAACUCAAGGCACUCAAGCACUGCAAACAAAAUUGUCCUUGAUUGAGACAACGAGAAAGAUAAUGAUUGCAGUGAUGUCCUCCAAAAGAACCUCUUCGACCUCUUCAUUGAGGAAAUGAGGAAGGAUAAAUUCCAGCAAACAAUGGAAAUAAUCCAAAAACUUGAAGGGACCCAAUCAGAAUCUAUUCGAAGAUUAUUCUACCUUAUGAAGAACUUCAUUAUCGGUGAGCGGCAUCAGGCUGAAAGUAUCCGAAAGGAGUUUAGAUCAGGAAUGAUGGACCCUACCAGGAAGGCUGCUCUAUAUGAACUAAUUCUCAACUCAAAGAGACAUUCAGGUUAAUAUACUUAUUUUUAAUUUCAACGUGG